CGGGGUUUGUGGUGGAGGCGGAGACAGAAAAAGUUUGCUUUUGUCUCAACUUUUGCUGGAAGUUUGAUCGGAAAAGUGUCAGAAGAACCGGGGGAGAACCGGGACAGAACCAGAGGAGAACCAGAGGAGAACCGAGUCAGAACAGGAGGAGAGCCGGGACAGAACCGGAGGGUCCGUUCCUCCCACCCUCUUCCCUCCACAGACCCCCGCGCGGGAUGGUCCGGUCUCGGCGCCGCGCGCCUCCGGAUCUCCUCUCUGUCUCCAAACGCGUCCUCGUGCAGGACUUCUAACCUCGCACGCGCUCAGCUCAAAUGAGGCGCGCGCGGCUGGCUGCAAGCGAGCCCAGGUGACGUCACUGAUCCGGGAUCAAUAGUUGUGCCCGCACGCGGGUCCCGGGAUCCCGGAGGGAGGAACCCAUGCGGGACCGGAGGACCCGGGGGGGAGCGUCCCCACGCGGGCUGGGACCGCUGCUCCUCCCGCUGCUGCUGCUGCUGGGUCGGAACCGCGCGGACGAAGAGGUUCUGAUGAACACCAAGCUGGAGACGUCCGACCUGCGAUGGACCGCCCACCCGGUCGACGGUCAGGAGUGGGAGGAGCUGAGCGGCUUCGAUGACGAGGCCAGAAGCGUCCGCACCGUUCAGAUCUGCACUCCCAGCAGCCCCGCCUCCUACUGGCUGAGGACGCGCUGGAUCCCGCGGCGGGCGGCGACCAAGCUGCUGGUGGAGAUCCGGUUCACAGUGAUGGAGUGCUCCAGCAUGAACCAGCGCCACUGCAAGGAGACCUUCAACCUGUUCUACUACGCCGCCGACGCCGACGAGGCCACGCCCACUCACCCCGCCUGGAUGGAGAACCCCUACACCAAGGUGGCCACCAUCGCCGCGGACCACCUGCUGCGGAAGGACGGCGAGAAGCGCUCCAACCUGAAGCUGCUGGAGCUGGAGGUGCGGCGGGGGGCGGGGCUUUACCUGGCCUUCCAGAGCCAGGGCGCCUGCAUGGCGCUGCUGUCCGUGCGCGUCUUCUACAGGAAGUGCCCGCCCGUCCGCCGCGCCUUUGCCUCUUUCCCGGAGACCGUCCCUCACUCACUGGUGGAGCAGGCUCAGGGCGUGUGCGUGGAGAACGCCGUGACCCCGCCCGGCGAGGACGCCCAGCCUCCAACCAUGCUGUGCGGCGAGAACGGACGGUGGGUGGAGCAACCCACCUCCAGCUGUGCCUGUCGCCCCGGUUACGAGGCGGACGACGCCUCCAUGCGCUGCAGAGCCUGUCCUUCAGGACACUUCAAGACGGCCUCCGGAGGGGGCGGGUGCUCGCCCUGCCCCGCUAACAGCAACACGCGGAUCCCAGGCUCCGCCUACUGCCCGUGUCACCAAGGCUUCGACCGCGCCGACUCUGACCAUCCGGGCGCGGCGUGCACACGCCCGCCCUCCGCCCCCCGCCUGCCCGUCAGCCAGCUCAACGACACCACGGUGACGCUGGAGUGGAGCGAGCCGCUGGAGCGAGGAGGACGGGUCGACCUGACCUACAGGGUUCUGUGCUCCAUCUGUGGUCCCGCCGUGGGACUGGUGGCGUCCUGUGUCCCGUGUGACGACAGCGUUCUGUUCCAGCCGCCACAGCCCGAGCUGACUCGGCGCCGGGUCGUCAUCAGAGGACUCCGCCCACAAACCAGAUACAUGUUCACCAUCCAGUCGGUGAACGGGGUGUCUGCCGUCAGCCAAUCAGAGCCCGCCUCGGUCAGAGUCAAUGUCACCACCAGCAGAGACGUCCCGCCCCCAGUGACCGCCCUGAGAGGCGCCGCGGCCACAGAAAACAGCCUCUCUCUGGAGUGGAGCGCUCCGGUUCUGCAGAACCAGCACGCCGUCCUGGACUACCAGGUCCGCUACAGCCGCAGGGACGGCCAGGAGGCGGGGCAGUGGCAGUACGUGUCCAGCAGGUCCGCCUCCGUGGUCCUGACGGGGCUACAGCGGGCGGCGCCGUACCAGGUGCAGGUGCGGGCGCGCUCGCAGGCCGGAUACGGGUCCUUCAGCGCCACCACCACCUUCAGCACGCUUCCGGACGGCGGGGCUAACCCUCAGCUGGUGCUGACUGCGGUCCUGAUCUCUGUGGGAAUUCUGCUGGCGGUUGCCGCGACGACCGCUGCGCUGCUCUGCUACCGGAGGAGGAGGCGGAGCAGGAGGCGUUCGGAUGUCAGCGACAAACCUGGACAUUACCAGAUGGGACAGACGAUGAAGGUCUACAUCGACCCGUUCACCUACGAGGAUCCCAACGAGGCCGUCAGGGAGUUCGCCAAAGAGAUCGAAGCGUCCUUCGUCAAGAUAGAGGAGGUCAUUGGAGCAGGUUCAUGGAGAACGGAGCGCUCGACAGCUUCCUGAGGGUGAAUGACGGGCAGUUCACGCCCAUCCAACUGGUGGGGAUGCUGCGUGGGAUCGCUGCAGGGAUGAAGUAUUUGUCGGACAUGAACUUCGUCCACAGAGACCUGGCGGCCCGGAACAUCCUGGUGAACUCUAACCUGGUCUGCAAGGUGUCAGACUUUGGCCUCAGCAGAGUCCUCACCGAGAACUCUUCAGACCCGACCUACACCAGCUCCCUGGGAGGAAAGAUUCCCAUCCGCUGGACGGCUCCUGAAGCCAUCGCCUACAGGAAGUUCACGUCUGCCAGCGACGCGUGGAGCUACGGCAUCGUCAUGUGGGAGGUGAUGUCGUACGGAGAGCGGCCGUACUGGGACAUGAGCAACCAGGACGUGAUCAACGCCAUCGAGCAGGACUACCGGCUGCCGCCUCCCCCCGAAUGCCCCGCCUCUUUGCACGCGCUCAUGCUGGACUGCUGGCAGAAGGAGCGAGCCAAUCGACCGCGGUUCUGCGACGUGGUGUCGGCGCUGGACAGGCUGAUCCGAAACCCCGCCUCCCUGAAAGUGACGCACCCAGAGGGGCCCAGUCCGUCCCAGCCCCUGCUGGACCAGCGGGUCCCGCCCCCUCUGUCGGCGUGCGGCUCGGUGUCGGAGUGGCUCCACGCCAUCAAGAUGGAGCGCUACGAGCAGAGCUUCCUGCAGGCGGGCCUGAGCAGCCUGGACGUGGUGGCGCAGCUGGACACAGAAGACCUGCUCCGGGUGGGCGUGACCCUCGCCGGCCACCAGAAGAAGAUCCUGUCCUCCAUCCAGACCCUCAGGGUACACAAGCUCCCGCCCCCCUUACUGUACUGACCAAUGAGAGUCCAGGCAGACUCCGCCCCCACAGACUGAUCGAACGCCAUUCUCAGGAAACAGAGGCUCCGCCCCCUUUAUGUGGCUGUGGGACUGAUCGUCCAAUCAGCAGACAGCCCAGGAGGAGCGCUGAUUCUGGACCUUGCAGGAUCUGGUUCUGAUCCGCUGACUGUCUGCUCUGGAUUUGCUGAGUCAUGUGACGCUCAGCUCAAGUGAGCCGACGUUCAGACGCCGACCUGCUCCUCCCCCUCGGACCUGGAGGAGCUCUGGAGAACCGUCUGCAGAAACGGGCCGGACUGCUGUGGGGGAUGUUCUGGUUCUGGAGGUUUCUAUAUUCCACAGCGAACGCUGAGAGAACAGUGGUUCUGAAAACCUGCAGAGCUCCAGGAUGGACCCCAGCUGAAGGUCCAGAAUGUCCUGAGGGUCUAGAAGAUCCAGAAGGUUCUGACCGUCCAGAGGGUCCAGAAGUUCGUCUCUUUUCCUCUGACCAAAAAAGUGUUGGUCCGACAGCCAUCAGAACCGGAUCAGAACUGCUGCGGACUGCCGGUUUCUGAUCCAAGGUCUUACAGAACCGCCGGUUCCUGAGCUGCUUCCGUGUUUCAGCACUUUUGUUCCUGAAGUCUGCUGGAGCUUCAGAGCUUCAACGUUUUCAUGUUUCUGUAAAGACGACAUUAAAGAAGGUUCUGAUGUUCUGAA